AUGAAUCCCAAGACUGAUGCCACCUCUUCUCUGAAAAUAUCUGUCCCUUACCACCUUCCUUCUUUCCCGUAUACUGAAAUCCCCAUGAAAACCGUCACCCACUUUUCUGCUUCUCUCCCCAUUACAGGGUCCACUUCGGUGACCUCCUCCCCUUCUGUUCCUGUAUCUGAAAGUGCUCAUCACCUAAGCACAGAUAUGGUAUCUUCCGCUGAGACGAUUUUGGCCAACACAUUGACACCUUCUCUGUCAGAGUCUAUGGCUUCCUUUACCACACCUGGAGUUCCUCGUGCCAGCUCAGCUCCCUUCUCAGUCAGUUCAUUUUUUAGGACAGUAUCAGGUCUUGGGGAUGUUACUAUGUCCACCAUUGCAGAGAGCCUACCUUCAUCAGCUUCAACACCCUCCCCCUUUUCAACCUUCACUACCACUCACUCUUCAACUAGCCCAGUGCUCCAUGAGAUUACUUCCUCAACUGCUACCCCACCUACAGCGGACACCGACCCCGAGGCAGAGAGCAGUACUGCUGAAGGACCCUUGGUUAUGGCCAGCACUUUGGAGACGUCUUCUCCGUCAGUCAGGACAUCUUUAUCACCCGUUAUGGAUACCAGAAUGACAGAAAGUGUUGACUUGGCAAUAGUGACAAGUUCUUCUCAGGUUCUUCCACACUCAACACAGUUGACAAGGACUGAUGGCAUCAUAGAGCACAUCACAAAGAUACACAAUGAAGCAGCACAUGGAGGCACCACAGGACCAGUUUGUGUCCCUCCAGCAUCGCAUCAUCUGCUAGUCUUAGAGAUAGGUUCAAGUUCACUUACUUCCCAUAAAAUGGCCAGCACAAGCACAACUGGAGUGACCAUCACAACCCCAGAUGUUACCCCUGAUGUUCCUGAGAUGACAACCUUGUUGGUCACCAGACCUAGAGCAGAGACCAGCACAGCAGCUCCCAGGACAAUGCCACCUAUUUUCAAUAAAGGAUCAGAGACCAUGUCCUCACUGGCCCCUAGUUCUGGGAAAGAAAUGAGUUCAGCUGUUCCAACUCUGAUUGUUUCCCUUGCUGAGCCAGAGGCCACAACCUCAUGGGCCAUCUAUCCUGCAGAGACCAGCUCAACUGUUUCCAGCACAACUCUGAAUGUUUUCCAUAGUGACUCAGACAGCACACCCUCAGCAGCUACCAGUUCUGGGGAAAAAGUGAGUUCAACUGUUGCAACUCCGACUGUCUCCCCUGAUGUACCGGGGAUGGUGACCUCACUGGUUACUAGUCCUGAGGCAGAGACGAGUAUGGUUAUUCCAACUCUGACUGAUUCCCAAGAUCAACAAGAGACCGAAGCCUCAUGGGUCACCCAUCCUGAAGCACAGAACAGCUCAUCCAUUCCAGCUCCAGCUGUCUUCUCUAGUGUGCCAGGGCUGGUGACUUCACUGGAUACCAGCUCUGGGGCAGAGACCAGCCCAACUGAUCAAACUCUAACUGUUUCUCCUGGUGAGCUAGAUACAGUAGUCUCAUGGGUUACCCAUCCUGGAGCACAGACCAGUUCAGACAUUCCAACGCUGGCUCUCUCCCCUGGUGAAUCAAGGGUAGAAAUCUCAGUAGUCACCAGUCCUCGGGAAGAGACUAAUAGAACCUUUUCAACUGUGACUGAUUCUCCACACAAACUAGACACAGCAGCCUCGUGGGUCACCCAUCCUGGGACAGAAGCCAGUUCCAUUGUUCCAACUUUGGCUGCCUCCCCUGGUGAGCCAGAUACAACAGCCUCAUGGGAGCAUUCCUCAGAGACAAGGACACCUGUUUCCAGAACAACUUGGAGUUUUCCCCGUACCGAAUUAGACACUACAUCUUCAACAGCCACCAGCCUGGGAGUGGAAGCCAGUUCAGCCAUUCCGACGAUGACAGUCUCACCUGAUGUACCAGCUUCAGUAACCUUAAUGGUCACUAGUUCUGUGACAGACACCAGUACAACUUUUUCAACUCUGAUUGAGUCCCUGAAAGAACCAGAUACAACAAUCUCCUUGGUCACCCAUCCUGAAGAGUCCAGCCCAAUUGUUCCCAGGACAAUCCCCAAUGUUUCCCAUAGUGAAUCAGACAGCACACCCUCGAUGGCCACUAGCCUUGGGACGGCAGCCAAUUCAGCCAUUGCAACUCCAACUCUCCCCCCUGAUGUAUCAGAUAUGGUGACCUCAAAAGCCACUAGUUCUGGAACAGAUGCCAGUAUAGUUAUUCCACCUCUGACUCUUUCUCCUGAUGAAUCAGAAAACACAGUAUCAUGGGUUACCCAUUCUGGAGCACAGACCAGUUCAGCCAUCCCAACUCCGACUGUCUCAGGGAUGGUGACCUCGCUGGUCACCAGUUCUGGGGCAGAGGCCAGUACAACUUUUCCAACUCUGACUGAUUCCUCACACGAACCAGAGACCACAGCCUCGUGGGUCACCCAUUCUGGGACAAAAGUCGGGAAAGCUGUUACAAUGCUGACUGUUUCCACUGGUGAGCCAGAUGCAACAGCCUCAUCGGUUACCCAUCCUGCGUCACAGACAAGUUCAACCAUUCCAACUUUGUCUGUUUCCCCUGGAGUAUCAGGGGGGGAAAUAUCACUGGUCACCAGUCAUGGGGCAGAGACCAGUACAACUUUUUCACCUCUGACUGAUUCCCCACAUAAACCAGAGACAACAGCCUCAGGGGUCACCCAUUCUGGGACAGAAGCCAGUUCAGCUGUUCCAACUCUGACUGUUUCCUCUGGUGAGACAGAUACAAUAGCUUCAUGGGUCACUCAUUCCACAGAGACCAGCAUACCUGUUUCCAGAACAACUCCAAAUUUUUCCUAUGGUGAAUCAGAUACCACACCCUCAAUGGCCAUCAGUCCUGGAGCAGAAGCAAGUUCACCUAUUCCAACUACAACUGUUUCUUCUGGUUUACCAGAUAUGAUGACCUCACUGGUCACCAGUUCUGGAGCAGAGACCAGUAUAACUUUUACAACUAUGACUGAUUUCCUACAUGAACUAGAGACCACAGCCUCAUGGGUGACUCCUUCUGAGACAGAAGCCAGUUCAGCUGUUCCAACUCUGACUGUUUCUUCUGGGGAGCCAGAUACAACAGUCUCAUUGGUCACUCAUCCUGAAAAGACCAGCCCAACUGUUCCCAAAACAACUCCCAAUGUUUCCCAUAGUGAAUCAGACACCAUGCCCUCAGCUGCCACAAGUUCUGAGGCAGAAUCCAGUUCAGCUGUUCCAGCUACAACUGUCUCACUUGGUGUACUAGGGGUGGUGACCUCACAGGCCACUAGUUCUGGGGCAGAGACCAGUACAACUUUUCCAACUCUGACUGAUUACUCACAUGAACUAAAGACCACAGCCUCUUGGGUCACCCAUUCUGGGACAGAAGUCAGUUCAGCUGUGACAACUCUGACUGUGUCCCCUGGGGAGCCAGAAACAACAGUCUCAUUGGUCACCUAUGCUGCAGAGACCAGCCCAACUGUUCCACAAACAAUCCCCAGUGUUUCUCAUAGUGAAUCAAACUCGACACCCUCAAUGGCCGCUAGCCUUGGUGCUGAAGUCAGUUCAGCUGUUGCAACUCCCACCAUCUCCCCCAGUGUAUCAGAUAUGGUGACCUCACAGGUCACUAGUUCUGAGGCAGAUGCCAGUAUGGCUAUUCCAACUCUGACUCUUCCUCCUGGUGAACAAGUGACCACAGCCUUCUUGGUCACCCACCCCAGUGUAGAGACAAGCACAAAUAUUCCUGCUUCAACUGUUCUUCCUCAUUCACCAGAGACCACCCCCUCACCAUCCAUCCAACCUGGGUUGGAGAUUAGUGUAGCUCUUCCCACUCAGACUGUUUCCCUCAGUCCACCAGAAACAACAUCCUUCACCACACCUGUGACCGAGACCAGCAUAAUUGACCUAGGUCCAACUGUCUCACUUGCUGUUCCUACGGAAACAGCCUCACUCUCCACCCAUCCUGGGACAGACAUCAGCACAACUAUUUCAACUUCAGCUCUCUCCCCUGAUUUACCAGAGACCACAGACUUAUUGGUCACCAUUCCUGCAGCAGAGGCCAGUACAAGUAUCCCAACUCUGACUGUUUCCCCUGCUGUUCUCAGGCCUGCCAGUACCCCUGCAACAGCUGGUGAGCCUCACACUGUAACUUCAUGGAGCACAGACACCUCACCACCUGCAACCUCAGUGGGACUCGAAGAAUUUACCGAGACUGUGACAGGGGACACUGUGACCUUGAUAGCAUCACAGACCCCAACACCACCUAAGACCAGUCAUGGAGAGGGAUCAGGUUCUACUACUAUCCUUAAAAGUACAACUGUUGAGACCACUAACUUAGCUUCCACAGGUUCAGGCCCCACAGUGGCCAAGACCGCAACCACCUUCAAUACACUGGCUGGAAGCCCCUUUGUCCCUGUGACCACAACUGGGAUGUCCACCUUGGCCCCUGUGAGUGUGACUUCAGGAACAAGUAAGAAUACUGCAAUUCCUUUCUUGAUGCCUUUUACCGUCAACUUCACCAUCACCAACCUGCACUACACAGAGGACAUGGGAAACUCGGGCUCUGAGAUAUUCAAUGCCACUGAGAGACACCUGCAGCACCUGCUCGAGCCCUUGUUCAAGAACAGCAGCAUUGGUUUCCUCUACACUGGCUGCAGACUGGCUCUGCUCAGGGCUGAAAAGGAUGAAACAAGCACCAAAAUGGACAUGGUUUGCACUUACCGCUCAGAUCCCACAGGCUUCAGGCUGGACAGAGAACGGCUGUACUGGGAUCUAAGCGAGCAGACUCAUGGUGUCACUCAGCUGGGCCCCUAUACCUUGGACAGGAACAGUCUCUAUGUCAAUGGUUAUAACCAUCGAUACUGGAUUCCCACCACUAGCACAGCAGAUGUUGGUCCAGCCUUGGUGCUGUUUACCCUCAAUUUCGCCAUCAUCAACCUGUUCUAUACAUCAGACAUGGGGCACCCAGGCUCUGCAAAGUUCAAUUCCACCGAGAAGGACCUGAAUCACCUGCUUGAUCCUUUGUUCAAGAACACCAGUGUUGGCUCACUGUACUCUGGUUGCAGACUGACCUUGCUCAGGACUGAGAAGAAUGGGGCAGCAACUGGAGUGGAUGCCAUCUGCACCUACCAUCCUGAUCCCGUGGGUCCUGGGCUGGACAGAGAAGAAUUGUACGAAGAGCUGAGUCAGCUGACUCGUGGUGUCACCCGCCUGGGCACCUAUACUCUGGACAGAGACAGUCUCUACGUCAAUGGUUAUAAUCGUCGGUACCGGACCCCUACCACCAGCACUCCAGUGACUUCUACAUUCUCUCCAGAAUCUUCCACAUCUCUCUCACCCAUCCUCAGCUCUACAGCUGCAGGCAUGAGCCCUUCUCUGGUGCCCUUCACCCUGAACUUCACCAUCACCAGCCUGCACUACACAGAGGACAUGGGGCCCCUGGGAUCUGAGCUAUUCAAGACCAUGGAAAGGAUCUUGAAUCGCCUGCUCAAACCCUUGUUCCAGAACAGCAGUAUCGGUCCCCUCUAUUCUGGCUGCAGAUUGACCUUGCUCAGGCCUGAGAAAAAUGGAACAGCCACUGGAGUUGAUGCUGUCUGCACUUACCAUCCUGAACCUGUGGGCUCUAAGCUGGACAGAGAGAGGCUAUACUGGGAGCUCAGCCACGAGACUCAUGAUGUCACCCAGCUGGGCUCCUUCACGCUGGACAAGGACAGCCUCUAUGUCAAUGGUUACACCCAUCGGACCUCAGCCCCCACUCCCAGUGCUACUGUGACCUCCGUGCUCUUCCCACGGACCUCAGUGGUGCCAGCGCACUUCUCCAGCUCCGCAGUUGCAAUCCCUUUCUUGGUGCCGUUCACCCUCAAUGUCACCAUCACCAACCUGCACUACGAGAAGGACAUGCAGCACCCAGGCUCCUGGAAAUUCAACACCACAGAUAGGAUCCUGCAGGGUCUGCUCAAACGCUUGUUCAAGAAUAGCAGUCUGAGAUUCCUCUAUUCAGGCUGCAGACUAACCUCGCUCAGGCCUGAGAAGCACGAGACAGCCACUAGAAUGGAUGCCAUCUGCACAUAUCGCCAUGACCCUGAAGGCCCUGAACUGGACAGAGAGCGGCUGUACUGGGAGCUAAGCCAGAUGAUGCAUGGUGUCACCAUGAUGGGCCCCUACACCCUGGACAGGAACAGUCUCUAUGUUAACGGUUUCACCCAUCUGAGUUCUGAACUCAUCAUCAGCACUCCUGGGACCUCUACAGUGGACCUGGGAACCUCUGGGACUCUAGCCCCCUUCUCCAGCCCCACAGCUACAAGCCCUACCCUGGUGCCAUUUACCCUCAACUUUACCGUGAUGAACGUGCAGUACAUGCCAGACAUGGGACAUCCAGGAUCUGCAAAGUUCAACAUGACAGAGAAGGUCCUGCAGCACAUUCUUGGUUCUUUGUUCAGGAGCACCAGUAUCGGCCCAUUGUAUUCCAGCUGCAGACUGACAUCACUCAGGCCCGAGAAGGAUGGAUCAGCCACCAGAGUGGAUGCCAUCUGCACCUACCGCUCUGCGCCCACAAGCACUGGGAUACACAGAGAGCAGCUGUACUGGGAGCUGAGCCGUGAGACCCACGGCAUCACCCAGCUGGGCUCCUUCGCCCUGGACAAGAACAGCCUUUAUGUUAAUGGUUACACCCAUCAAGCCCUGACCUCCACUCCCAGCAUUGCUAUGGCCUCUACCAUCUCCCCAGCAUCUUCAGCGACCCCAGUCACCGUAUCCACAGGCACUGGUCCUCCUCUGGCUCCCUUUACUCUCAACGUCACCAUCACUAACUUGCACUUUGAGGAGGUCAUGCAUCGCCCUGGUUCCUGGAAGUUCAACACCACGGAGAGAGUCCUGCAGAACUUGCUCCGAUCUUUGUUCAAGAACACCAGUGUGGGCACCCUGUACUCCGGCUGCAGACUAACCCUGCUUAGGCCAGAGAAGAAUGGGAAAGCCACUGGAGUGGAUGCUGUCUGCACUCACCGCCCUGACCCUUUGGGCCCCGGGCUGGACAGAGAGCAGCUGUACUGGGAGCUGAGCCAGCUGACACAUGGUGUCACUCAGCUGGGCCCCUACACCCUGGACAAGGACAGUCUCUACAUCAAUGGUUACACCCGCAAGACUCAGGCUACCACCCCCAGCACUUCUAUGGUGGUCACAGUUUCUGCAGGGAUGUCAACCGCCUUCUCCAGUUCCGCAGCUACUGGCCCUGCUCUGAUGCCCUUCACCCUCAACUUUACCAUCACCAGCCUGGGCUACACAGAGGACAUGCAGCCGGGCUCUGCCAAGUUCAACUCCACAGAGGCAGUCCUACAACACCUGCUCAAGUCCUUGUUCACCAGCAGCAGCAUCGGUUCACUCUAUACUGGCUGCAAACUGACCACGCUAAGGCCUGAAAAUGGUGGAGCAGCCACGGGAGUUGAUGCCAUCUGCACCCACCGUCCUGACCCUGCAGGCCUCAGGCUGGACAGGGAGCGGCUCUACUGGGAGCUGAGCCACCAGACCCAUGGUGUCACCCAGCUCGGUUCCUACAUCCUGGACAGGGACAGUCUCUAUGUCAACGGUUACACUAGACCAGCUUUGACCUCCACCCACAGUGUUUCUGUGGCAUCCACACCCUCCUUGAGAACAUCCACGGCACCAAUCUCCCUCUCCAGCUCUACAGUCUCUGGACCUGACCUGGUUCCCUUCACCCUUAACUUUACCAUCAUCAACCUGCGCUACAUGGAGGACAUGCAGCCUCCUGGCUCAGCGAAGUUCAACAAAAUAGAGAAGGUUUUGCAGCGCCUGCUCAGACCCUUGUUCAAGAACACCAGUGUUGGUCCCAUAUACUUUGGCUGUAGACUAACUUCGCUCAGACCUGAGAAUGAUGGAGCAGCCACUGGCGUGGAUGCUGUCUGCACCCACCACCCUGACCCCGUGGGCCCAGGGCUGGACAGAGAGCAGCUGUACCGGGAGCUGAGCCAGUUGACCCAAGGCAUCACCAAGUUGGGUCCCUACACCCUGGACCAGAACAGUCUCUAUGUCAAUGGUUACACCAACCAGACUUCAGAAACUACUCCCGGUGCCACAGAACCACCCCUGGUGCCUUUCACCAUCAACUUCACCAUCACCAACCUGCACUAUUUGGAGGACAUGUGGCUUCCAGGCUCUUUGAAAUUCAACACCACAGAGAAGUCCCUGCAGUCCCUGCUUAGACCCUUGUUCAAGAACACCAGUGUGGGCCCCCUGUACUCCGGCUGCAGACUGACUCUGCUCAGGCCUGAGAAGAAUGGGGCAGCCACUGGAGUGGAUGCUGUCUGCACUCACCGCCCUGACCCCAAGGGCUGGAGCCUGGACAGAGAGCGGCUGUACUGGGAGCUGAGCCAGCUGACACAUGGUGUCACUCAGCUGGGCUCCUACACCCUGGACCGGGACAGUCUCUACAUCAACGGUUACACCCACAAGAUCAAGGCAGCCACCCCCAGCACCCCUGGCCUCACCCUGGCGUCCUUCACCUUGAACUUCACCAUCACCAACAUGCAUUACACAGAGGACAUGGGGCGCCCAGCUUCCUCAAAGUUCAACGCCACUGAGAGGAUCCUACAACACCGGCUCCGGCUCUUGCUCAAUAAGACCAGUAUCGGUCCCCUCCACACUGGUUGCAGACUGGCCUCACUCAGGCUUGAGAAGGGUGGAGCAGGCACCAGAGUGGACAUUGUGUGUACUUUUCACUCUGACCCUGCGGGGCCUGAACUGGACAGAAAGCAACUCUACUGGGAGCUGAGCAAUGGGACACAUGGCAUGACGCAGCUGGGCUCCUUCACCCUGGACAAGGAAAGCCUCUAUGUCAAUGGUUACACCUAUGGAGCUGUAGCCCCAACUACUACCACUGGAGAGGUCAGUGAGGAACCAUUCACAGUGAACUUCACCAUCGACAACCUGCGCUACUCAGCGGACAUGGGUCGCCAUGGCUCCCUCAAGUUCAACAUCACAGACACCCUCAUGCAGCACCUGCUCAGCCCAUUGUUCCAGAGGAGCAGCCUGGGUCCCCGCUAUGCAGGCUGCAAGGUCACUUCCCUAAGGUCUGUGAAGAAUGGUGCCAAGACAGGAGUGGACAUCCUCUGCACCUACCGGCAACCCCCUAGUGGCCUGGGUCUGCCUGCCAAGCAAGUGUUCCAUGAGCUGAGCCGGCAGACCCGUGGCAUCACCCGGCUGGGCCCCUAUUCUCUGGAUAAAGACAGCCUCUACCUCAAUGGUUAUAAUGAACGUGGUCCGGAUGAGCCUCCUACAACUCCUGAGCCGGUCACCACGUUCCUGCCCACUUCCUCAUUACCUGUGCAACCAGAAGCCACCACAGCUUUGGGACACAACCUAAAGACCCUCACAGUCAACUUCACCAUCUCCAACCUCCAGUAUUCAACAGACAUGAGCAAUGGCUCAGCCAUGUUCAACUCUACUGAGAGGGUCCUGCAGAGCCUGCUUGGAUCCUUGUUCAAGAAGAGCAGCCUGGGCCCCUUCUACUCGAGUUGCAGGCUCAUCUCCCUCAAGCCUGAGAAGGAUGGGGAGGCCACCAGCGUGGACGCUGUCUGCACCUACCACCCUGACCCCGUGGGCCUCGGGCUGGACAGAAAGCAGCUGUACUGGGAGUUGAACCAGCUGACCCACGGUGUCACCCAGAUGGGCCUCUACACCCUGGUCAGGGAUAGCCUCUUCGUCAAUGGCUAUGCCCCCAAGAGUUUAUCUAUCCAGAGAGAGUACCAGCUAAAUUUCCGCAUCAUCAACUGCAACCUCAGCAGCCUGGAACCCACGUCCUUGGAGUACACCACCCUGCUGAUGGACAUCCAGGACAAGGUCACCAAGCUCUACAGAGGAAGCCAGCUACAAGACAUAUUCAUCUCCUGCCUGGUCACCGACUUGACGUUGGAUUCCAUGUUGGUCACCAUCAAGGCACUGUUCUCCUCCAAUCUGGACACGAGUGUGGUGAAGCAGGUCUUUCUAGACAAGACCCUGAAUGCUUCAUCUCACUGGCUGGGUGCCACCUACCAGUUGGCGGACAUGCAUGUGACAGAAGUGGAGCCGACAAUUCAUCUACCGACAGACAAGCCAACAAGUAGUCCCAGCUCCCAGCACUUCCAGCUGAAUUUCACUGUCACCAACCUACUUUAUUCCCAGGACAUUGCCCAGCCAGGCACCAGCAAACACCAGCAGAACAAGAGAAGUAUUGAGGCUGCGCUCAACCAGCUCUUCCGAAAUAGCAGCAUCAAAAGCUAUUUUUCUGACUGUCAAGUUUCAGCAUUCAGGUCUGUCCCCCACAGUGACCACACUGGGGUGGACUCCCUAUGUGCCUUCUCACCAUUGGCACGGAGACUGGACAGAGCUGCCAUUUAUGAGGAAUUCCUGCGGCUGACCCAGAAUGGUACCCAGCUGCAGAACUUUACCCUGGACAGGAAAAGUGUCCUUGUGGAUGGAUAUUCUUCCAACAGAGAUGACACCUUGACUGAGAGUCCUGACCUCCCCUUCUGGGCCAUCAUCCUCAUCUGCUUGGCAGUACUCCUGGUGCUUGUCACAUGCCUGAUCUGCUGUCUCCUGCUCACCAUCUGCCGGCGGAAGAAGGAGGGCGGCUACCAAGUGCAACAACAACGCCUGGGCUAUUACCUGCCCCACCUUGACCUGCGGAAGCUGCGAUGACUAGAUCUGCCUGAGACCCCCUUUUCCCAGCUGGGGUCCAGAGGAGCUUGGCUGGAACAGAAAUAAACCACAUUGGUCAGACACAGCCUUCAGGCUUUUCUAAACUUGACCCCUGACUGGUUCACAGGGGACUCAGAUAAAAGGUUUCCCCUUCUUUAAGACCUGAAGGCAACUGAAACUUCUGUCCUGUGGCUUCACACCAUUUCAUCCCUCAGGGACACGAGAACUGGUGAAACUGGCACAGAGAUUGUCAUCAUAUACAAUCAAAUCCCCACCUCAGUGCGAG